AUGACUCUGAAGCAUCCUGACACGAAUGAGGAGCAAGAGAUCUUCAUCCGUGAGGAUUUGUUGAGUCUGUGGCUAAUGCUGCCACCCAUAAUCACUGCUUGUCGCUGUCGUUGCAUCUGCUGCCGUCUCUGGUCGCCGCCGCCGUCGCUCAUCUCCAUUGCCCAAUUUCCUAUACGCGAUUCAACUCGCGGCGGUGUUCGGCUCUGGCUUGGGACCUUCGACACCGCCGAGGAAGCCGCGAGAGCUUACGAUAGAGCCGCCGCCGCCUUGCGUGGUCAGCUUGCAAUCCUGAAUUUUCCCGGCGAAGUGCCGAUUUCCGCCACCACCGGAAUUACAACCAGCACUGCUACGGGUUCAUCGGAGACGGCUUCGAGACCGGAGGCUGGCCGAGGGGAGCAAGUUAUAGAGCUGGAGUGUUUGGAUGAUAAGCUAUUAGAGGAUCUUCUUUAUGUAGGAGAAGAGGAGGGUGCUUAAUUAGAGUAAUUAAUUGGAGUCAUUAGUGGAGAUUAUGUCUUUAAUUUUUGCUUAUUUUUUUAAUUUGGUGGUUUGAUGAAUGAAUGUAAUCUUGAUGUUGUGUUUAGUUAUUUGUUUGGAAGGUAGGAUUGUU